AUGAAUUCGAACUUCGGGAAGAGAUCAUCAGGGUCGACCAACAGCUUCGAUUUCGAUCUCGGGCUCGGAUCGAGCCAAGGAAGACCUCUGAAUGGCCAGAAGAGCCAAACAUCUUCUUAUUCGAGCUCGAAUUCGCAGCCGAGACCUGCGUGGCAGCCCGGUAAGCCUUCGUGGACGCAUCAACCCGCACCGAAGCAGACGACGAUCCGAUCCGAGAUCGGAAGUGGACCGACUUCAAUGGUGGGUGACAUUCACGGCAAAACGUGGGGUUCAUCUUCCGGAUCGGGUUCGGGUAUUGGGAUCGUGAACAAGGACCCGAGCUUGUUCGGAGAUCUGGUGGGAUCAGCGAUUGGAAAAUCCAGCGGGAACGUGCCGUUGAAUAAAGCCCCGCCUGCUUCAGCUCCAGGCUCGAACAAGAGCCCUUAUUCCAUGGGGAAUCUGGCCGAUUCGUUGCCGAAAACAGGCAAUUCGAUGAAAAGUGGCGGUGGCUGGGGUUAUAGUAGUAAUCCGAGUGGUUUCUCAGGCGGUUACACAAGCUCCGGUGGUAGUGUUAACAGCAGCGUUAAGACUCCAAUUCUCGGAGGUCAAUCGAUGAAAAGCAUGUCUGGGGGCAAUCUAAGCGGGUCUGGGAUGCCAUUGAACAGCGAUCCGUUUGGAUCCUUGGUUGGUUUCGGAUCAAAAUCAUCAGAAAGCAUCAAUUCUGUGAAGAAACCUGGAAAUGGUAACAGCAAUGCUCAGAGCGAUGGUUUUGGGAAUUUCCAGAGUGGAGCUCCGAAUCCGAACAGUAGCGGUUUUGCUGGACCAGCUGCUCAAAGCAACGACUUUGGGGAUUUCCAGAAUGCUCCGAAAUCAAACACAUUCUCAAGUGCAAACGAUGAUCCAUUAUCAAUGUUCUCUGGUUCCAAUACCCCAGCUGCACCGGCGACACCGCAGAAUGAAGAUUGGGGAUUUGAGAGUUUUGAGGGUGGGGCUGAUUCGGGUUCGACCACUGAGCUUGAUGGGUUGCCACCACCUCCACCGGGUGUAUCAGCUACAUCAGCUAAGGGGAAGGGCAUUGAUAACCAGAGGCAGGGUCAGUAUGCUGAUGCCAUAAAGUGGCUCUCUUGGGCUGUGAUUCUUAUGGAGAAAGCUGGCGAUGAAGCUGGAUCAGCUGAGGUUCUUUCAACUAGGGCUUCGUGUUACAAAGAAGUUGGAGAGUAUAAGAAGGCUGUAGCAGACUGUACCAAGGUAAUUGAUCACGACAAGAAGAACGUGGCUAUUCUGGUUCAGCGAGCACUCUUAUACGAGAGCAUGGAGAAAUACAAGCUCGGAGCUGAUGAUCUAAGGAUGGUUCUGAAGAUUGAUCCCGGGAAUAGAAUCGCUAGAAGCACCGUUCACCGGCUAACCCAAAUGGCUGGUUGA